GAUGACACCUAUCUGUGACACAGAAUGAGAUACUACUUAUCAUCGGCUCAGACUUCUGUCUCUAAUGUCAUCUGCUCGCGCCUCUCCCGUCAGUACCCCUGCCCUGGUCUUCGGUGCCCUCGCCUUUUUGUGUGGUUACUGCUCCUCUACUGUCCCAAGCUCCUCGUCUCUGGGAGAAAUGUCGUCUGUACAAAAGGAGGUACUUUCUGGACUCCACUGUUCCGCGGCGGAAGGAGAUAUUGCCAAGUUGGCAGGCAUACUCAGCCAUUCUCCGUCCCUUCUCAACGCCGCCUCCGACAAUGGCUGGACUGCCCUAAUGUACGCUGCAAGGAAUGGGCAUGCCGAUGUCGUCCAGCUUCUGCUUGAGAAAGGAUGUGACAGAUCGCUUGUCAAUAAGUCACGGCAAACCGCCCUCGAUAUCGCUGUAUUUUGGGGCUAUAAGCAUAUAGCUAACAUGUUAGCUAAUGCAAAAGGCGGGAAGAAGCCUUGGUUCCUAACCAAUGAAGUGGACGAAUGUGAAAAUUAUUUUAGCAGAACGCUACUGGACCGGAAAAGUGAGAAAAGAAACAAUUCUGAUUGGCUGCAAGCUAAAGAGAGCCACCCAGCCACGGUCUAUAUCCUCUUCUCAGACUUAAACCCCCUGGUUACUCUGAGUGGUAACAAGGAGAGUUCCCAGCAGCCGGAAGUCAGGCUCCGCCAGCUGAACUACGCAGAUGUCAAGGAUUACCUGGCUCACCCUGAGAAGAUCACCUUGGUGUUCCUUGGAGUCGAACUUGAGAUGAGAAAAGGAUUGCAUAAUGAUGCUGCAGGAGUCCCCUUGGACGAUGAGGAUGGUUUGGUUGCUUGGUUUGCUCUCAGCAUAGAACCUGUUGCCGCUGAGGAGUUUAAGCAAAGACAUGAAAACUGUUAUUUUCUUCACCCUCCAAUGCCAGCCCUUUUGCAGUUGAAAGAAAAAGAAGCUGGUGUUGUAGCUCAAGCAAGAUCUGUCCUUGCAUGGCACAGUCGAUACAAGUUCUGCCCAACCUGUGGCAGCGCAACCAAAAUCGAAGAAGGUGGCUAUAAAAGAGUGUGCUUAAGAGAAAACUGCCCUAGUCUGCAUGGCGUCCACAAUACAUCUUAUCCAAGAGUUGAUCCAGUAGUAAUCAUGCAGGUUAUCCAUCCAGAUGGAACCAAAUGUCUUCUAGGCAGGCAAAAGCGAUUUCCCCCAGGCAUGUUUACUUGUCUCGCUGGAUUUAUUGAACCCGGGGAGACAAUAGAAGAUGCUGUGCGGAGAGAAGUAGAGGAGGAAAGUGGAGUCAAAGUUGGCCAUGUUCAGUAUGUCUCUUGUCAGCCAUGGCCAAUGCCCUCCUCUUUAAUGAUUGGUUGUUUAGCUGUGGCAGUGUCUACAGAAAUUAAAGUUGACAAGAAUGAAAUAGAGGAUGCCCGUUGGUUCACCAGAGAACAGGUUGUGAAUGUCCUCACCAAAGGGAAGCACCAAGCUUUCUUUGUACCACCAAGCCGGGCUAUUGCUCACCAGUUAAUCAAACACUGGGUUGGAAUGAACCCCAGUCUCUAAAUGAAAAAUAAUAGCAUCUGUUGGAGUAUUAUUUCAUUUCUAAUACUAUCUAUUUUCAAAUAAGCUUAGAUAUAUUUAUUGAUCAUUAAAUCUUGUAAAAGUCAGGGGGGCUCAAAAAUAUUUUAAGUAUUCUUUUCAUUAUUAACUAUGAAAUUCAUAGUUUUGUAAAUUAGAAUGAUACCUCAGAUUUUCUUAAAUUUAGAGAAAGCCUGUGAACAAUUUUGUUAUGGGUCACAAAUUUAUCUCAUAAAUUUUAUCUGCAUUCCUACGAAGAAAGGUCAUGUUGGGAUGAAGUGUGCUCUAGAAGCAGGAUGGAACAGGAAGCUACCGCUUGCAAAGAUGAGAUUCCUUGUUGGAGAAAUGUGUCAACAUAGCUUUAAUGGGUUUGGAGCUCCAGGGUGUGUUAAGUCACCUCAUUCACGGGAAUGAAUGAUCUGGCCUCAUGGACUGGUGGUAGGACUGUUAAAGUUACUUCUAGUUUACUCUAACUAGUGUUCAAAAUGAUUUGUUCCAACAAUUUAUCCUUACUGUUCUCAGAAUACAAUAGUCAUGGGUGAGGAACUAAGGACUCCAUGCACACCACUGUUUCUAGGACCUCCCUGUUAAAGCUAACUACUACAUCUGUCUGGUUUAAUUCAACUUAAAAUUGUUACUAAGUUAACUGAAGAUUCUAUAAUUUUUCCACUGGACUUUAACAUUUUAGAAAGGAAUUCCUGAAUGUCGGGAACUAAAUUUUAAGUAUAUUUACAUACUAAAUAAAUCACUGGUUGUAUUUAAUUUUGUGAAGAAGGAUGUAUUAUAUAUUUCUUUUGGAAAAAUUAUGUAAAAAUUCCCAUCAGUAUUGAAAUAUGAUAUCUUAGUUUUGACCUUAUUUCAUCACAUUCUAAGCACCCUUAAUUAGUAUACUUUAGAAUCAAAUUGCUAAAAUCUGUGGGAAGGUAAUUGGAGUAUGUCACAGUUUUACAAUAUAACCACAUUGAUUUUACUUGGUUGUUCUGCAGUUGUUUAUAUAAAUGUACACAUUUUCCAUCUUUGCUCUUCUGUUCGAACUUGAAGAGAUCUUAGGCACAAUAAAUGUUGAACGUAAUGAAUGUAACAGUUUGUAAUCUGCACGUAAGAACUAGAUUUUUUUUCUGUAAUGGGAAAUAGAAGUUAUUACCAAAAACAUCUAUAGAAUAGGGGCUAGAAAAUGGCUGCAUCAUUAAGGCGCUUGCUAUGCAAGCAUGAGGACUUAAGUUCAGAUCCUCUGCAGCCUUUAAGGUAUAUAUAAUAUAUAUAUUACCCUUUAAGGAUUGUAUUCAGAGACAUGAAUAUCUAAUCCCAGAUUUAAAGAGGCAGAGAUGUGUAUCCUGGGGGCUUGUCCAGCCAGUCUAAUGAAUCAGUAAACUCAUUGAGAUUCCUUGUCUCAAAACACAAGGUGAAAGACUGGAGAUGACUCAGUGAUGAAGAGCACUUGCCAUUCUUGGGGAGGACCAGAGUUAGGUUCUCAAGAUCUUCCCCAGGCAACUCACAACCACCUGCAACUACAGCUCCAUGGCAUCCAGCACCAUCUCAUGGCCUCCUCAGGCAGCUGCAUGCACAUUUACAUGAAGCAGACACAUGCGUAGAGUGACUGAAGAUCCUGACUUCUACCUCUGGCCUACACACAUAUACACAUACACACACACACACACACACACAUUCACACACACACUCACACACAUACACACACAUGGUGAAUAGGUUAAAAGGGGUGCUGAUAGGAAGAAUUAGCUUACCAAAUAUCGUUAAGAUUUUUUUUAACUGAAAUAUAACUUUCUCAGAGAAUUUAUUUCACAAAUAAAUACUCUUGUCUAGUUAAUGAAAUCUUAUUAGAAUCAGAACCUUAGAUCAAACCAAAACCUAUACAGGACAUUUAUAUACAUGGUAAGUUGGAGCUAUAUAGCUAUAUUGAACUCAUAUACUUUGAUUAUUAUGAAAUAUGAUCUAUUGAAGUUCUUUUUUUUUUCCAAAUGUGCCUUUAAAUACUUGUAGGCUCUGGUGUCCAUAAUGUUCAAAGGCAAAGUAAAAUACAGAUGUCAAAAUGUAUAGAUUUAGCUUUAGGUUCCUUCUAUACUUGUAGAAAAUCAAUGAGUAAAUUAUUGUGUUUGGUUUGGGUUUUGGUUUUUUUGACACAGGGUUCCGGGAUAACCAGCUCUUGUAGGCUGUCCUUGAAGUCACAGAGAUCUGCCUGCCUCGGCCUCUCAUGUGCUUGGAUUAAAGGUGUGCGCCACCACCACCCUGCUUGAGUAAAUUAUUAUUUUUAAUAAUCAUUCCUAAGCUGUGACCUUUGACAGGUGAGGAUAGAUGUUCAUAGUAAUGAUUGCUAUUUUAACCAGUUCUAGAGGGGCAAGUAUCACACAGGUAUUCAGAAAUCAUUGUAACAAUGCAAUAAAAUAUAUUCUGUUUGUGGA